GUCCCCUCCCUCCCUCCCUCUCUCCUCUCUUCUUUCUCCCAACCCACGCCGACUUCUUCCCAAAAGAUCCCCGCCCAAGGAGACGCGCAGGUCUGCGGCCGGAGACGCGGGAUCGAAAGAGAGGAAGAAGGAGAAGAAGGAGAAGCUGCAGCCAGGAUGAAGGUGGCCUUGGCGCUCCUGCUGGCUGGAUGCCUCUGCGUGGAAAGAGCUUUCUCCCUGGUGUGCUGGUCUUGCGAUAGAGCAGAGUCCAACUGGGGCUGCUGGAGGUGGCAGAUUUGUUCCAGCGAUGACAACUAUUGUGCAACGACGUACGUUGGAGGAGGGAUCGGUGAAUAUUCGUCCCAGUCCAUCAGCAAAGGCUGCGUCCCGGUUUGCCCGCAAGCAGGGAUCAACAUCGGCAUCGCAGCCGUCUCCGUAAAGUGCUGCUCAUCGUUCUUGUGCAACAUCAGCGGAGCCUCCAGCGUCCAAGCCAACCACUUGGUCUUGGCCGCCAGCAUCCUGGCCAGUUUUCUGUAUCUCUUUAGGCAUAGGCUGUGAUUGCAAAGUGUCUCCAUACAGGACACCCAGGAUCUUGGCUCGCAUUGCGUCGAGGAGACCCCAAAUGUUGCAGAAAUCGCAUAUAUUCCUCAUGGCAUCAUAAUCCUCUAUUGCUUCUAAUCACAUAGUGGGGAAAGCAGCAUAGUGUAGAAUGUUUGUGGCCUAACACUGCCCUCUUCAGGUAGGAGGCGUUACUGCAGGUUUUAAAAAAGGGACCCUGUGCCAAAUUCAGCCCAAAUUGCCCACCCAUAACAACUUCAUAUUCUGAAUUUUUUUUAUAGAAUUGAAAUUGUCUCAGAGGCCUUAAGAGUGUUUUGCUUCAGGGAACAUCGGGAGAGAAACUCUUCACUGGAUCAAAAUAUAAUUUUUGCAGCAAUUUUCUUUGAGAAACCCUUUUGUCUGUUACAUUUUACCCAAAGAUGCAUGCAGAAUGUUGAGAAGUCACAAUCUUGAUCAGCACUUUUCUUCGUCUGUACUUUUUGAAUAUGAAUAAAGGAUGUUUUGAUUCUUAAA